AGAAGUUAACCUUUCUCUAGUAGAGAGGCUUCAGUUCUUCUCUAUCCUGCGAGGACACCCACAGGAGAAGACCCCGAGUUGCCAUGAACCCUGCCAUCACCAGCCGUGAGCACCCGGACCCCUCGCAGAAGGGUGACGGCGUGCUCACCUUCUAUGAUGAUGGCCAAGGCAGGAAGAAAGAUGGCCAGCACCGGAGUCCCAGCAGCAGCGACCUGGCCUAUGGCAUCCUGGACAUCCCACCGUGGUAUCUCUGCAUCAUCUUGGGGAUCCAGCACUUCAUCACUGCCCUGGGGGGACUCGUGGCAGUGCCGCUCAUCCUGGCCAAGGGCCUGUGUCUGCAGCACGACCCCCUCACCCAGAGCUACCUCAUCAGCACCAUGUUCUUCAUCUCCGGCAUCUGCACUCUCCUGCAAGUGUUUUUUGGAGUCAGGCUGCCCAUUCUCCAAGGAGGGACGUUUGCUUUUGUGGCUCCCUCCCUGGCCAUGUUCUCCCUUCCCACCUGGAAGUGUCCCGAGUGGACACUCAAUGCGAGCCAGGUGAACACCAGCUCUCCUGAAUUCACCGAGGAGUGGCAGAAGAGGAUCCGAGAGUUGCAGGGCGUCAUCAUGGCCGCUUCCUGCUUCCAGAUGCUCCUGGGCUUCUCGGGACUGGUUGGCUAUCUCAUGCGCUUCAUUGGCCCCUUGACCAUUGCUCCGACCAUCUCCCUGGUGGCCCUGCCUCUCUUCGACUCUGCGGGCAAUGAUGCUGGGGCCCACUGGGGGAUCGCCGCCAUGACCAUCUUCCUCAUCAUGCUGUUUUCUCAAUACCUGAAGCACAUCCCAGUGCCUGUGCCCCUUUAUGGACGACAGGAGAAGUGUCACACGUCUAGCAUCCACCUGUUUCAGCUCUUCCCUGUGCUGCUGGCGCUCUGCAUCUCCUGGCUCCUGUGCUUCGCGCUCACGGAGACCAACACCCUCCCCUCGGCCCCCACCGCCUACGGGUACCUGGCUCGCACAGACACCAAAGGCGAUGUCCUGAACCAAGCCCCUUGGUUCCGCUUCCCUUACCCAGGACAGUGGGGUCUCCCCACCAUCAGCCUGGCUGGGGUCUUUGGGUUCAUCGCCGGGGUGAUCGCCUCCAUGGUGGAAUCAGUGGGCGAUUAUUAUGCCUGUGCCCGGCUGGUGGGGGCCCCGCCCCCUCCAAAGCAUGCCAUCAACCGCGGCAUUGGCAUUGAGGGCCUCGGCUGUCUGCUGGCAGGGGCCUGGGGCACAGGGAACGGCACCACCUCCUACAGCGAGAACGUCGGGGCACUGGGUAUCACCAAGGUGGGGAGCAGGAUGGUGAUUGUCGCCUCGGGCUGCGUGCUGCUCCUGAUGGGUGUCUUUGGGAAGAUCGGGGCUGCGUUUGCCACCAUCCCGACCCCCGUGAUCGGAGGCAUGUUCAUCGUGAUGUUCGGGAUCAUCGUAGCCGUGGGGAUUUCCAAUCUGCAGCACGUGGACAUGAACUCGUCCAGGAACCUCUUUGUCUUUGGCUUCUCCAUCUACUGUGGGCUCACCAUUCCCAACUGGGUGAGCAAGAACUCGGACCUACUCCAGACAGGGAUUCUCCAGCUGGACCAGGUCAUCCAGGUGCUGCUGACCACGGGCAUGUUUGUCGGUGGAUUUCUGGCCUUCCUACUGGACAACACCAUCCCUGCUUCCCCGACGUCUUCCAUCCCACAGGCUGCCUUAGGUUGAAGUCGAGCAUCCAUGGGCAGGCCACAGAGAACGAGAGAGCGCCCCCACCUGGCCUUGUGGUGCGAUCCGGGUGAGAUCUAGCUCCCCCCAAGGGACCUGGACCCUGCGGACGGAGGGGAGGGGGCGGAGGUCUCCCACUCCGCGCCGUCCUACCUGCUGCUCCUGAGUGUGGACACAGCAGAGGUCUUUGAAGAAGUCGACGAUCUGCGUGUAGAGCUGAAACUUUUCUUCUGGGUUCUCUGGGUUGCAGCUGGCGAACAGAGAACUGACGGCAGAGAAGGAGAGAAACAGCCAAUGUUUCGAAUCCUACUCUUUGACCUCUGCCCGUACCCCCUAAAAACUCGGAUGAUGGUGUGAACCAAGCACUUUCAAACACCCAGCUGAGCCCUCGGGGAGCCAGGAGUCCUUCUUGGAAGGUUUGCAUCGCCUCAGCUCAAUGUCACGUCUGGCACCCGCUGGGAAAGUGAGACAAUGGGGGGACUGGCUUCUGGGUCCUAAUGUAGGGCCCUGAGCUAUGGCCUCGGGAACAAAGGGACCAGAUGUCCUCUGUCCCUAGGAGUCGACCUCUACAGCGACGCCCCACGGCUCUGGCCCACCUGCGGGCACAUCGCACACUGGAGUUCAGUCCCUUCAGAUGCCUCCACCCAGGUCUCAGGGGGAACACGGAUGCAGAGAAAAGGCCUGUUUUGCAGAGUCCCUUCCCCCUGCCUUCCUGGGACAAGGCGAGAGGCCAACACCCAGGGACCCAGAGCAAAGGAGCUGGAGUCACGCCAGGACAGCUGGCAUUUUGACCUCACAUUCCAGCCAGCUGGGAACCUUCUGGCAGCAGCCCCCACCUUUCCCGGGCAAAGUACAAAAAAGAUUUUUUAUUGAUUUCAGAGAGGAAAGGAGAGGGACAUGGGGCCUGUUUCCAUGUUGGCUCAGUUUCUCAGGGCCAGACCCCCCGCCGCCUCUCAGUCAGACCAAGGGCUGUAACCUGCCCGUGGCCACCUCACCCCGGGAAAACAGGGCAACAUGGGCAAUCUGGAGUUGAUAACCUGUGUGUCAGCCCUGGGCCAGGAUGGAAGAAUUUUCUGCACAGAAGAACCCCAGACAAUACUGUCCCCAGGGCAAUGGCACAGUCCUAGGACCAGCCCACUUCGAAUCACGGGAAAAAGUGGAUCCCCAAGAAUUCCCACUGCAUUAUGCACCCCUCUGAAGGGCUGCAGGGGGGGCUCCUAAACACCCCGGCAGGGGUACCCCCCCCACACACACACAUGCACACACUCACACAUGUACAUACACACAUGCACACACAAUACACACAUGUACACACACACAACAUCUCAUACCCUGUCCUCACCUGGAGCUAGAUGCCUCACUUUUAUCCAGGAAACAUGCCACAUCGUAGGCAUCUUCAAAAAGGAGCUGAAAGAAAGCACAGAACAGUUUGACCUUUGCCCCGGGCUGAUGCAGGAUGAGGAGCAAGAUUGUCUCUCUUUCCCCCUCAGCUCCGAAGGGCGUGCCCAUGAAUGCUGGGCCCAAUCAGACUCUCAGGGUCUCUGCUUGGUGACCUUCCCAGGAGGGGAAUAUGAAGCUCUUGCCCGCCCAGAACAAACUGCCGACCCCAGAGGGAGGUGCUGGGGACGGUGGUUUCCUCUUUCUAAAGAAGACGGCGUGAGAUGCAGCAGCCAGAGCUGAGCCUCAGUUUACCUGGAGGAGGGCUCGUCUACACCUCUGCAGGUGCAGAGCCCAUUUGAGCCAUACCUCGGCUCUGGAGUUAGGCUGCAGGAGAGCCAACACCCAGCCCUGCCACUCAGUAAGCGGCGUGACCUCAGACAAGUGACCUCAUCUCUCGAAUCCUCCUCUAUAAGCAGCAAUCACAACAGUGCCUACUCAUAGGGUUUUGCAAGGAUUAAAUAAGAGCUGUGUGAGGCACCAGGCACAUCAUGGCUCAAACAUAUUAGCUAUUUUUUUAAAAUAUAUUUUUAUUGAUUUCAGAGAAGAAGGGAGAGGGAGAGAGAGAUAGAAACAUCAGCGGUGAGAGAGAAUCAUUGAUUGGCUGCCUCCUGCAUGGCCCCUACUGGUGAUCGAGCCCACAGCCCAGGCAUGUGUCCUUGACCAGAACUGAACCUGGGACCCUUCAGUCCGCAGGCUCUAUCCACUGAGCCAAACUGGCUAGGGCCAUAUUAGCUAUUAUUGAAUAUUGUCUGCUUUAUAAAAGAAAUAUAGGUUUGUCGUGAAAAUAGAAACCGAUAGAAAAAAUAAAAAUCACCAAGAAACAA